AUGUCACAGGCAAAGGACACAGAAAGACCUGAAGAACAGGGAGACCAGGGACAGCCAGGUGUAGAGUGUCAGGGACAAAAUAUGGAGACGCCUAAAAAAGUCAUAUUGGGAAUUUUAGAAGACUUGGGAGCAGAUGACUUUGAGAAAUUUAAGUGGCACCUGCAGGGAGCCCUAGAAGGCUUCCCAAAAAUCCCAAAGAGUAAACUGGAGAAGAAAAACAGGGAGGACACAGUGGAUACGAUGUUCCAGACCUACAGUAUGAACACUAUUAAUGUGACCAGAAUAGUUUUAGUGAAUUUCAAUCAGAAUGACCUAGUGAAGAAGUUAUCAUGUCAUGGAGAAUUCAACAACUCAGAACCUGCAGAGAUUCUUGCUUUGUGCCAACGCAAAGUCAAAUCCAACUUACUUAAGACGAUCCAGCGUGUGACUGAGGGAAUUGCAAAAGCAGGAAACAAAACCCAUCUGAAUCAGAUGUUCACAGAAAUCUACCUCACAGAGGGAGGGGUCAAUGCUGAACAUGAGACAACAAUCACAUGUAAAGACAUCUUUAAAACCCCACCUGGAAGAGAUGAACCAAUCAGAACAGUGAUGACAAAGGGAGUGGCUGGCAUUGGGAAAACAGUCUUAACACAGAAGUUUACUCUGGACUGGGCUGAAGACAAAGCCAACCGCAACAUCCAGUUUAUAUUUCCAUUCACCUUCAGAGAACUGAAUGUGUUGAAAGAGAGAAAGUACAGCUUGGUGGAACUUGUUCAUCACUUCUUUAGUGAAACCAAAGAAGCAGGAAUCUACAGGUUUGAAGAGUUCCAGGUUGUCUUCAUCUUUGAUGGUCUGGAUGAGUGUCGACUUCCUCUGGACUUCCACAACACUAAAAUCCUGACUGAUGUUACAGAGUCCACCUCAGUGGGUGUGCUGCUGACAAACCUCAUCAGGGGGAAACUGCUUCCCUCUGCUCGCCUCUGGAUAACCACACGACCUGCAGCAGCCAAUCAGAUCCCUCCUGAGUGCGUUGACAUGGUGACAGAGGUCAGAGGGUUCAGUGACCCACAGAAGGAGGAGUACUUCAGGAAGAGAUUCAGAGAUGAGGAGCAGGUCAGCGGAAUCAUCUCCCACAUCAAGACAUCACGAAGCCUCCACAUCAUGUGCCACAUCCCAGUCUUCUGCUGGAUCACUGCUACAGUUCUAAAGAAGGUGUUGAAGAACAGAGAGGGAGCAGAGCUGCCUAAGACCCUGACUGAGAUGUACAUCCACUUCCUAGUGGUUCAGUCCAAACAGAAGAACGUCAAGUAUGAUGGAGGAGCUGAGACAGAUUCACACUGGAGUCCAGACACCAGAAAGAUGAUUGAGUCUCUGGGAAAACUCGCUUUUGAGCAGCUGCAGAAAGGACACCUCAUCUUCUAUGAAUCAGACCUGACAGAGUGUGGCAUCGAUAUCAGAGCAGCCUCAAUGUACUCAGGAGUGUUCAUGCAGAUCUUUAAAGAGGAGAGUGAACUGUACCAGGACAAGGUGUUCAGCUUCGUCCAUCUGAGUGUUCAGGAGUUUCUGGCUGCUCUUUAUGUCCAUCUGAAAUUCACCAACUCUGGAGUCAACCUGCUGUCAAGCUCCUGGUGGCCUGUAUUUUUCAGGGACAAAUCAGCACGUUUCUACCAGAAUGCUGUGGACAAGGCCUUACAGAGCACGAAUGGACACCUUGACUUGUUUCUCCGCUUCCUCCUGGGUCUUUCUCUAGAGUCCAAUCAGAAUCUUCUACGAGGCCUGCUGACACAGACAGGAAGUAGCUCACAGACCAAUCAGGAAACAGUUGAGUACAUCAAGAAGAAGAUCAAUGGGGCUCUGUCUGUAGAGAGAAGCAUCAAUCUGUUCCACUGUCUGAAUGAACUGAAUGAUCGUCAUCUAGUUAAUGAGAUCCAACGGUCCCUGAGUUCAGGAAGUCUCUCCAUGGAUAAACUGUCUCCUGCUCAGUGGUCAGCUCUGGUCUUCAUCUUACUGUCAUCAGAAGAAGAUCUGGACAUGUUUGACCUGAAGAAAUACUCUGCUUCAGAGGAGGCUCUUCUGAGACUGCUGCCAGUGGUUAAAGCCUCCAAAAAAGCACUGUAA